CUUCUAUGAAUAUCAGGUUUAAAUAUUAAUUUAAAAAAUUGAACUUUAAAAACUCCAGCCACUGCAAUUAUGCAACUAAAACAAUUAAAAUUUAUCAUCAUGAUAAUGUAUAUUUCCCCCUAUUUCAUAUUAUUAUAAAUUACUAAGACGAUAACCGUAUGAAAAUUGUACGUCUCUUCUAUGAACAUCAAGUGUAAAUAUUAAUAUCAAAAAUUGAAUUCAUACGUAAAAGCAACAAUUUGUGUUGGUCGAACAAUGGGUCUUCGGGUCAAUCGAUUUUUUUUUUAUUAAGUAAAAUAUGCACUUCAUGACUAAAAUUUGUGAUGAGCUCUCCGAAAAGUUUUAACAAACUCAGCACGAUGUCUCAUAAUAAGUUGUCAGUUAAACCAUAUAAAAACAAAGGUUAUGAGAUUUGGUAUCAUAUCACAUACUGUCACACUCUGUAGGUAAACGGUUUAUUUAUAAUUAUCCAUGUCGUAAUUAUAAUUCACAUUAUAGAUAACAACGUAGAUACUCAAUUGUGUUACACAACCUCAUAAUAGUUGUGUACAGAUUAUUGAGAUUUGAGCAAGAAAAUAAUAAUGUUUAAAUUUUUUCUUCCUCGGUGUGAUUGAAUAACCAUUAAUUUUGUGUGUUUUUUUUGUAUAUUUUGGCAGAUAGUGGCAAACUAUAUUGGAAAAAAUCAAUCGUUAGAAUACGUGUCGGGCAUGAGCAUCCACUGGGCCGGUGGCAGAACGAGCCCACCACCGGAUGUACCGGAUUGUGGAUUUGACAAUUCUCUCUGCAAAACAAUGCCUGGUUAUGCGAUACUCAGUAUAGUCCUCAGUUCAGUUGUAGUGAUCCUAGCAAUAGCUUCAGCUCUAAUAUACAGACAUUAUAAACUUGAAGCUGAAAUUGCAUCUAUGACGUGGAAAGUCAAUUACAACGACAUCAUAAGAGUGCCGCAGGAAAAAUGGAGAACGAGCAUGGCAAGUCUCAUUAGAAGGAACAGCCAAAGGGUAAACGACACAAUCAUUACAUUUUGUUAUGCUUUGCAGCAAAAGAAAAUUAUAUACAGAGUGAAAUUCAUUCUCAAUGUCCGUUUAUGUUUCCACCGUUUAAUAUAAUCCGUGGCGUUUCCGUGGAUUCACUUAUUUUACGAUGCAUACCCUUGCCAAAUCGAAGACGAUGAUAAUGAUAAUGAUGAUGAUAAUAAUAAUAAUAACAACAAUAAUAAUAACAGUUAUAAUCACAGAUAUAUAACCAUACUAUAGUAGCCGACCUUAUUAGGCGAAAUGGUCUGCCAUAU